UCCCUCCGCCUUCCCUCCCACUCAACUGGGCCGCGAGGAAGUCGCAAGAUGGCUGAUGUCGCUUGGAAGUAAUGUUCCCCUCUGCAACAUGAAGCCGUGAGUGUGGAAGAAAGCGAGGGAGGCACCAUCGGGCUUUUGUUUUUAUUUUAUUUUAGUUACUUUUCUUUUAUUUCGUCAAACAUCCAUCUCAUUCCGCGUCGUGUCCGCCCCGGACUUGUCUUCGGGAGUUGACGCGUCAAAUCACGCCGGGGACCCUGCCAGCAGCUAACAGCUAGCCACACAGCUAGCAAACGUUAGUAACGUUACAGCUAGCCAGUCUGCCAGGCACAUAGCUUGUUAGUUUGUUCUAAAUAAUAUUCUGACACAUGCGAGCCAACAAGCUACCGAUACAAAUAUGCUAAAAUUUGCCUGAGGUAGUGCAGAAUAAUUGUCAAAUAUUUUAGUUGUCAGAUAAAAAAAAAGAAGAUUUUGCAAGCUGCUCGGUUUAACAUCAUGUCCGCGAACUGGCCAUCUAGCCUGUGGUGUGCUAACUAAUGCGCAGUAUUGCAUCUGUUUCAUGUGCACAAACCAGCAGGAUAAUUAUUUUAUUGGCAUUUUCAGUAAUAUCCACCACCUUGCUGCAUUUCCGUUAUUUGAUGCCAACUACAUUUUUGAAGCUGGUUAUGUUAAAGCCAAAUUAUGGGAGCAGAAUAUGUGUUGAACUUUUUCUGGUUGUAGGUAGCUACACUGGCCUUGCUGGAAUCUCACCAAAAAUCCACAGGGAUGGACACUAAACUGAGAACCCACGACCAAAACUGAGAAAUUGGCAUUUCGAUAUCUCGGAAGAAGUAACGAUAAGUGACACCCGUGUACAGCGGUGUAUGGUGAUUCAUUUCACUAGUCUGGGUGAAAGAUUCGUUGUUCUGCAGGGUAACUAAACUACAGUUAGUCACUACAUCGGAGACCAGUUAGCUUGCCUAAAGUGCAUAGCUAGCUACGGUCUCGCCCCACACCACAUUUCAAACACGGCGUACAGAACGUAUUCAGAGCCUGCUCCCGGCCAGACACACCGGUUUAACAACACAGUCAUGGGAGUGCAGGGUUUUCAAGAGUAUUUAGAGAAGCGGUGUCCCGGGGCCGCAGUCCCAGUGGACCUCCUGAAGCUUGCUCGUACCGCGGCCCGCCAGCCCCCUCACCACCAUCACCCACACCACCACCCACAUCAACCAGGGCCCAUGCCUCCCCCGCCCCCGCCUGCCAGGAUCCUAAUCGACGCUGACUCCGGCCUGCAGCGCCUCUACGGCGGCUACCAGACGGAUUGGGUGUGCGGGGGCGAGUGGAACGCCAUGCUGGGCUACCUGGCUGCCCUGUCACAGGCCUGUCUGUACCAGGGUGGCCUGGAGCUGGUCGUGGUUUUCAAUGGCACAUUGGGGAAGGAGCGCUGGCCAGAGUGGGCGCGGCGAGCUCAGGGCCAGCGACAGACGGCGCAGCUGAUAGUCAACCACGUCGGCAGCAAGGCCACCCCGCCUCCCCGGGCAUGGUUCCUGCCCCCGGCCUGCCUCAGCCACUGUGUCCGCCUCGCCAUGUUCCGCUUCCGAGUGCGGGUUGUACAGACUUUGGAGGACCACCACCAGGAAGUGCUGUCUCUCUACAGGGACUUUGGAUUCGCUGGCCUCAUUGCUCAGGAUUCUGAGUUUGCCCUCUGCAACGUGCCCGCCUACUUCUCGUCACAUGCGCUCAAACUGAGCUGGAACGGCAAGAACCUGACCACACACCAGUACCUGCUGUCUGAGGCUGCCAGGCAGCUCGGGCUGAAGACACAGCACCUGCCCUGCUUUGCUGCUCUGCUAGGAAAUCAUAUUCUGCCUGAUGAGGACCUGGCUGCCUUCCACUGGAGUCUGCUGGGACCAGAACACCCGCUAGCUUCUCUUAAGGUGCGAGCCCACCAGUUGGUGCUGCCGCCCUGUGAGGUGGUGAUCAAGGCCGUCUCAGACUACGUCUCCUCCAUCAAAGACCUGGGGAACCUUGACGCCAUUGCCAGAGAUGUCUUCAAACAGUCACAGUCUCGUAUGGAGGACAAGGUGGAGCGAUUCAAGAAAGCUGUGGAGUAUUUCUCAGCCGCCUCCAAACCUCGCUCGCCCAACAUGGGGCCCUCCUCUUUUAUCUUACCUGGGUUUGGAUUUGGGGGACCAGCUGGUCACAUGGGACCUAUGCCGCCUGGAAAGAAUCAGUUCCCUCCUCCCCAGAUUCCGGGGUUAAAGCCACCCUAUCAAAAUGCUCCGUAUGGACCUGGCUCCAACCCUCUGUUCCCGAACCCGCCGCCACCGUCCCAAGACUGCAACGAUUCGCUGACGAGCAAGAUGGGCUUCUCUGAUUGGUCGGCUCCAUAUGAUUCCACUCAGGGGGGAAAUCGAUUACCCAAUCAUCACACUGCUACUCAGUCUGUUCCCUCUCCAUCUCCUUCAUUGUCAUCAGAUGGAGACGAACCCAACGACAGCAACGCAAACCAUUUGACAGACAAACCCUCUCGGUGGGAGGAUCCUGCUGGAAGGGUGGGCUCGGCCUCCGGAGAUGGUUCCCAAGGCAACGGGAGCGUGUCACACAUUCCGUCACUGCUUUCUAUGGCGACGCGGAGUCACAUGGAUAUAACCACACCCCCUCUGCCUCAGGUCAGCGCUGAGGUUCUUCGUGUAGCCGAGCACAGACACCGAAGAGGACUGAUGUACCCCCAGAUUUACCACAUAUUGACCAAGGGAGAGAUGAAGAUGCCAGUGUGUAUAGAGGAUGAGUGUAACUCUGAGCUACCUCCUGCCUCUCUGCUGUUCCGCGCUGGCAGACAGUAUGCCUACGGCGUCCUCUUUAGUCUGGCUGAAACACACCGCCGCCUGGAGAGGCUCGCUCUCCGCAAGAGGGCUCCCCUGGAAGUUCCUCCAGUGAUUGUCAAAGAGUGGAGCAGCGGUAAAGCCAAGUCGGCCCUGACUCCGGAGCUGGUCCCGGCCCUGUGUUUCAGGGAGUGGACCUGUCCUAACCUGCGACGGCUGUGGUUGGGACGUGCCAGUGAGGACCGCUCCAGGAGAACCAGGGCCUUCCUGGCCUGCCUACGCUCUGACUGCCCAGCCCUCCUCAACCCAGCACAGGUCCCUCAGCAUCUGCUGCUCAUGUGCUGCGUGCUCAGGUAUAUGAUGCAGUGGCCUGGAGGAAGGAUCCUCCAGAGACACGAGCUAGAUGCCUUUCUGGCUCAGGCUGUUUCCAGCCAACUCUACGAACCCGACCAGCUACAGGAGCUCAAGGUGGAGAAGGUGGAUGCCCGCGGCGUGCAGCUGGCUUCUCUCUUCAUGGCUGGUGUCGACACAGCGCUGUUUAUCAAUGAUGUGUGUGGCCAGCCGUUGCCAUGGGAACACUGCUGCCCCUGGGGCUUCUUUGACGGCAAACUGUUUCAGAGCAAACUGGCCCGGGCCGCUCGCGACCGAGCCGCCCUGCUGGACAUGUGUGAAGGGCAGGAGGAGCUGGUGUCCAAGGUGGAGAAGAUGCGUCAGGCAAUCCUCGAGGGCAUCAACCUGUCCCGCCCUCCUCCCCCUCCCCCUCCUCUUCCACCUCCUGCCUUCCUCCCCCCAGCCAUGGUGCCCCCUUUCUACCCCAUGCCUCCCCUCUACCCACCCCGCCCCAUGGGCAUGCCUCAUCAUCAUCACCCACACCACCCUGCCCAACACAGACCCAGAGCCUUCCCAGGCCUUCAGUCCAUCCCCCCUCAGGGAGGGAAACUGGAGAUAGCUGGCAUGGUCGUUGGCCAGUGGGCUGGCAACAAACCAGUCCGUGGGAGAGGGGGGUUCAACAUGCAGGUGGUGUCAGUGGGAGCAGGGAGAGGAAGGGGUAAAGAGAUUCCAGCUAAAGUAAGGGCGGUGAAAAAGACACCUACCAACAGAACACAGACGUCGCCACCCCCACCAUCCAGCAGUCCCCCAAAGCCCUCAGAGGAGGCGGCCUCCACGCCAGAGGUUGCGACUCAGCAGCUGAACGGCAGCCCAGCAGCCUCAGCCAUUGGCCAGCCCUUGGAGCUGGCCCCCCUGGCCCAGCCAAUCCCGUGUGCCUUAGCCAGCAGAGACAACCAAUCAGAGGGGGUGGAAGUGGAGGCCCCCUGUUGCCUUGACGACUGCCCGUCAGACGGAGCACUACAGAAGGAGGAGUGAUGGCACCCUUCCCAGGAUGCACUGCUCUGAGAGAGUUCUCUGUGUUUGACUGCCUUUCCCUGUUUUUGUAGCCCUGCCUGCUAGCUGUGCACAUUAUCACCUGGAGCAGGAGGACCUCCCUGCUGCUCCACGUGGUAGGCUAAAGCAGUUAGCUGUUACUUCCUUUUGAGUUUUCUCAUGCGGUUUUACAUUGUUUUAUGAAGAGAGUUUUUCUCCAUGAGUCUGUAAGCGCCCCACCCCUCAAAAUUCCUAAAUGCCUCUCUCCCGCACUCCGAGUAAAAUAAGCUUGAAGCCCCACCCCCAUUACGACCACCUAAACAAUAACUUAUUUUAAACUUUAUUUAGUUUUUCUUGGAAUCUCUUCACACAGCUGUACAGCGUGCGGUUUUGGUGACAGAUUGGAUGUGGUUUUCCAUGGUUACGUCAUCUUGGCCUGGCCGCCAUGGUCGGUCGUUACGUGUUAGUUGCCAUAGCCGUCUCGUGUGAGGUUUGUCUUGCAUGAAUUCAGAGAGAUGUUCAGAGUGUGACUCUGGAUGUGUGAGUAAGAUUUUAACAAAGUGAUUUACCAUUCUUUUGUGCAGUGACCUCCCCCUUCCUUUGUAGUACUGCUAAAAACACAAUGUUAGUAUACGUACUAGCAACAAAUUGAUUGGUAAUUUAUCACAGGAGCACUUCUGCACCACCAUGGUAUUAGCGUGCUAUCUUACUUUGACCCAUGUAGCAAAGCCUAGUGCUUAGCUGUGCUAAGAGACCCCAUGAAUUUAUGCACCUUAAGCCCUGAAGUAUGCAAGAUAUUACCCUGCUCCUUCAAAAGAAAUGCAAUUAUUGAAUUAUAUUCCCACCCUCCUUGCCCCUUUCUCCUAAAGCUUUGAUUGUAUUACCCCAACAAAAGCACUUAAUGUUGUAUUUAAAUAUAAUGAAUUAGAGCAAGCCCCUACACAGGUGAAUUGACAGUUUAAGAGGGGUGUCCCCUGCGCCUAAGUAAAUCGUUAUGACAUGUAGAAGUACAUUUAUAGGUAGAGAUCUAUUUGAAAGACGUCAGAAUGUGAACAGAGUGGUUUCAGACAAAGAAGCACUUUGUUUUAAAAAUGUUGAACCACACUGGACAGUCUUCUACCAGGUGAUAAAGAAUUGAAAAACUCUGGGGCAUCUUCUGGAGUUAAGGCCAAAAAUACAACAAUAUAUGCUGCCCAGCAAAAGAAGCAAAUGAAUUGUGUGGAUUUGGGUAACUGCUGCCAGACAGAGUUCCCUUCAGACUGGUCUCACACAUUCAGUCAUGAACUUUGCAAUGACGCUGAAAGGACUCCUGGUUUCCCACGUCAAGGAUCCCUGGGAAUCUUUUCAGAUUUCUAAAGUUAUUUUUCAAAGUGUAUGUAAAAGAAACUAGCCUAAUGAGGCAGCCAGUGAUAUAGAAAGGGGUGUGGCAAAACAAAGCCUCAAAGAUACCCCCUCCCCCCCUCCCCAUCUGGUGGUGAUUGCGUAACGGUUGUCAUUUUGAUAGCCCACCACCAUGAGCUGUUGCCCCCCGCAGAGCUCUGGUGUGUCACUUUAGACCGGCAGGAAGCACUUUCCUGCCUUAAAGCCCCUCGGCCCGAACUCGGCAGAGGCUUCGUGGGUUGGAUCGCACGUAACAUGACAGGAGAGAGGGAGACCUCAUGGCGUGCCGAAGUGUGCCGCCCACAAUCUGAGACUUCAAAGAAACUGCGUUGUUUUAUUAGAGCACUUAUGUUUGUAGAGAAUGAGAUGUGUCCCCCAAUGUAGGUUUCAUCUGACUACGGAAAUACAGCUUACCAAUAGCUGGUAGCACAACUGCAAAGGUAAAGGCAGUAGACCGACAUACUGCCUCAGAGAUGCUGGCCAUGAACAUCGUAAUCUCUAUAAACUCAGUAAGAGAGGUUCAAAUGAGCUCACUAUGUUAAAAAGGCAAGUCAACAAGAAGCACCUUAUUUUCUUACUAUGUUGAUUGAUGCUCUAUCGUGUGCCACAAAAUCGACAUAGAAAAAGCUCUUAUGAGAUGCCGUUUUGAAGGAAAAAACCCUGACUAUAGUAUAUAUAUGUAAGUGUUAAUGUAGUCGCGUCGGAUAUCCCCUCAGUUCCAAACUCAACCAUGACAGUUGACUCAGCCGUGAGUGUAGGCCUACACUCAUCGUCAAAGGGCUGGGCCACGCCGCCGUCUCUUACACCAACACCAAAUGAAUUCAGAGGUUCGGACUUGUUAGCCGUUAUCGGUAGGGAUUAAGUAUACGAGUGCUGUAGGUGUUCAUAGGUUAAGAGUAGGUAACUGCGUCGGGCUUAACACAGGACUGUAAUAAACGGACACCAAGACUAGGCUAGAGAAUAUAGCUCCACUGGCCGAAAUACUAAGUCUAGAAUUACUAGGAGUCAUAUACUUAACUGCUUUUGACAUUAGUACAUACGUGUAUCGCAACAGUACAUUGUUAGAAGAUUGCUUUUCUGCGGCGAGCCAGAGUGUGUUCUGGUAUACGAUGCCCUCUCUUGAUUCGCUCGCCAGACAAACCGUUACACACACACACACACAUAUACACACACACACACACACACGACAAACCGGUAAUCAGUUGCAUUUGUUACCAGCAGCAUUCUCUCUGCUUUUGUGCUGAAGUGAUUUUGUGCAGUUUCAGUUCCCAGUGGAGUGGUCGUCAGUUCAUCAGAGAUCAUUUUGGUAACACAUUCUACUGACUCGAAAAACUCAAACACUUUCAAGUUUGCAUGGACGGCACAGAAACAACCAUCUAUACACACGCACGCAACACAUUAGCACAUGACACACACAGAUACAUAGAUGUUAAACCCUGAGUUACACAGUAGCUAGUAUGGAAAAAAAAAA